AUGGCCGGGGCCAGUUGGGCCCCACCGCGCCUGGACGGGUUCAUCCUCACCGAGCGCCUCGGCUCCGGCACCUACGCCACUGUCUACAAGGCCUACAGGAAGAAGGACACACGUGAGGUGGUGGCCAUCAAGUGUGUGAAUAAGAAGAGCCUGAACCGAGCGUCAGUGGAGAACCUGCUGACAGAGAUCGAGAUCCUCAAGGGCAUCCGCCACCCACACAUCGUGGAGCUCAAGGACUUCCAGUGGGACAAUGAUCACAUCUACUUGAUCAUGGAAUUCUGCGCUGGGGGGGACCUCUCCCGCUUCAUCCGGAUGCGCAGGAUCCUCCCCGAGAAGGUGGCACGAAUCUUCCUGCAGCAGCUUGAGCUUGCCUGUGCCCUCAAGUUCCUCCAUGACCGUAACAUCUCCCACCUGGACCUGAAGCCGCAGAACAUCCUGCUGAGCACCCCGGAUCACCCCCUGCUGAAGCUGGCAGAUUUCGGCUUUGCACAGUACAUGUCCCCGUGGGAUGAGAAGCACGUCCUGCGUGGGUCGCCCCUCUACAUGGCCCCCGAGAUGGUGUGUCGGCAGCAGUACGACGCCCGCGUGGACCUGUGGUCCGUGGGUGUCAUCCUUUAUGAAGCACUUUUUGGGAAGCCACCCUUUGCUUCCCGUUCCUUUGCCGAGCUGGAGGAGAAGAUCCGCAGUGAUCGGGCUGUGGAGCUCCCCAGCCGGCCCCAGCUCUCCCCGGAAUGCCGGGAUCUCCUGGGACAGCUCCUGGAGAGGGACCCUCUGAAGCGCAUCUCCUUCGAGCACUUCUUUGCCCACCCCUUCGUGGACAUGGAGCACGUCCCUGGCCCCGAGAGCCUGGGCAAGGCGACCGACCUGGUGGUGGAGGCAGUGAGGAAGGAUCAAGAGGGAGAUGCCAACGCUGCCCUCUCCCUCUACUGCAAAGCCCUGGAUUAUUUUGUGCCAGCACUGCACUAUGAAAGUGAUGCGCGGCGGAAAGAAGCUAUCCGGGCCAAGGUGGGGCAGUACAUCUCCCGAGCAGAGGAGCUGAAGGUGUUGGUCUCCUCCAGCAACAAGAGCCUCCUGGCGAAAGGAAACCCAUCCAGAGAGAUCCUUAAAGAGAUGGCCAAGGACAAGCCUCGGCUCUGUGCAGCGCUGGAAAUGGCUUCAGCUGCCAUUGCCAAGGAGGAAGAAGGCAGAAAAGAUGAUGAUGCCACCCUGGAGCUGUAUCAGCAGAGCCUGGGGGAGCUGCUGCUGCUCCUGGCUGCGGAGCCUGUGGGGCGGCGACGGGAGCUGCUCCACGCAGAGAUCCAGACCCUGAUGGCCCGAGCUGAGUACCUGAAGGAUCAGAUCAAGAUGCGUGAGGCACAAUCCAGGGGCAAGGAGGCACUGGCAGAGCCCGUCCGGAGCGCCCGUGGCUGCACCGGCUGGAUGCGGCAGCCGGCGCGGAUAAUCACGUCUGCCUUUACGCUCGGCCGACGCCGCGGCCGAUUCCGGAGCCUUUGGAAGAGGGAUGAGGCUCCGGAUGCUCCCCCUGGGGUGAUGGAGCUCAGGGCACUCUGGCUUUGUGUCGGGGUGGAUCUGGAGCAGCAGUAG